GUCCGGUUGAUCGAUCCCAAGCGACCGAGCCAUAGCCAUGGAGCUGAUGAAGUAUCCGGGGAUGAAGUUUGUGCCGACGGACAAGGAGAUCGUCGACCAUUACCUCGUCAACAUCCUCAACGGCAGGAUUCGACCCGGCGUGGGUGGUGUCAUCAACGACGUCAACAUAUACUCCUUUGAGCCCUGGAACCUCCCAAAGGCUACUCGUUACGGCAUUGACAGCGAGACGUACUACAUUACCCAGCGCAAGGGGACCGGUAGGAGGGUGGCUCGCAGAGCCGGCGCCGGAACGUGGAAGCUGAACGGGUCGGAAAAAGUCGUGACCGGCAAGGGCGGGCGCGUGAUGGGGCACGUGAACCAUCUUUGCUACAUCAAAGAUAACGAGAAGGUUUCAUCAAACUGGGUCAUGGACGAAUACACUCUUGCUGGUGAUCACGGGUCAAAGUUUGACAACUGGGCGAUAUGCAGGAUCAAGCUCAACGCGAGGACGGAGAAAAGGAACAAGAAGCAGGAGGUGCAGGAGAAAAAAGAGGAAGCGGGCGCUUGAAUAUUUUUCAGAGGCUGAUCAACUUUUAACGAUGUUUGUUUAGAGCGAACAAUUUUGUUGGUUUUGUUUUUUUUCGGUAAACUUGAAUCGGUAUUUAUCUGUGUGCUUUUAAUUUGUUGAUAAGAAGAAGAGAAAUUUUUUUGUUGUCAAUUCAUCA